AUGGGGUUUAUUGUACCCACCCAUUCACACAAACUCAUCUCCCAACUUUCCCUCGCUGCUUCCUCUUUUUCUUGCAUCAAUUUGCACUUUUGUAUGGAGGAGACAAGACAAGUCUUCCAGUAUUAUAAUGAAUGCUACACUCUAUUAUCUCAUGUCCAUACUGUUCCAUACUGUUCCCAUCAGCUCAAUUAUCAUUACCAUCUGCGCUCUCUUGGAUUUUUAUUCUUUUUAUUGUUAUGUUAUGUUAUGUUAUGUUAUGUUAUUACUAUUACUAUUACUAUUACUAUUACUCUUCUUAUUCUUAUUCUUAUUUUACAAUUCCCUAUCCUUUCUUUCCCUUUCCCGUUCCUUCUCAUCUCUUUCUCUAUCUGGUUUCCUGUCUCACUUUAUUUUUGUAUGUGUAAGUGUAAGCGUAAGUGUAAAUGUCAAUGUAAUUUCACUCCAGUACUCCAGUUAGCUUCAAUGACACUGGAAAAAAUGAUGUUCUCUUUUCUUUCUCUUUCUCUUUCCCUCUCUUUUCUUACUCUCUCUAUCUCUCUAUUCCAGUUUAUCAACACUUCAAUAUCUAAUUGUAUUUAUAUUUUAUACUUCAUAUUUUCAUAUUUUCAUAUUUUCAUAUUUACAUAUAUAUAUGAUAAGCUUUGUUCUAUCCAAAAAGUUUCAAACCAUUCCAUUCUAUUCCUACCCAUUCACAUUUUAACCACACUCUAA